AUGGUUUUGGAGGCUGCUGGAAUGAACUAUCAACACCUGGGUGGUGUAAGGAGGAAGUCUGCAGUUCAGGCCUCCAAACAGAAGAACUUUGCUAGGGUGUCUGAGGGACUCAGACAGAGCCCUCUUCUCCACUUGUCUCUGAGGAGGAAGAGGGGGCAAAUGUCAGAGGCCAAGAGGCCUUUCCUCCAAGAGAAGAUCACGCUGGUGGAACAUAAGUUAACGAGCUAUCUUUGGGGUGGGUGCUCUGUGUUUGGUCCUGCUGUGCUGGAAGUCCUUGCUGCUGACUGGUGUGAUGGCAGCCUCAGGUCUUUGCUGACUGCCAAGCAGCAGUUCCAUUGGAAGACAUGUCAAGAUGCAGAUCAUCAAUGGCCACCCUGUCCUGAUUCAAACACCCUGUACCUCCUAGUGAGUGUUGUCCCCCCACCCAAACCUGUCCUGGAUUCCCCAGAUGCCGGUUUGUUUGCAGCCAACGUGGGGAAUCUGAAGUCAUUUUUUCUUGUACUUGAAAGUUCUUGUCUCCCUGGAGGCUUCUAUUUCACCAGCCAACGUCAAGGAGCAGGGAGGGGCAUGGGACAUGGCUCCUGGGUGACUUCCACAGGCAGCAGACCAGUGGCCUGGGAGGUCUGGAUCAGGGGUCAGUACAGUGACGGUGACGUUGUAAAUAAUAUGUAUGAACCCGACCCGGACCUGCUGGCCAGCCAGAGUGCCGAGGAGGAGACUGAGGACAGCAUCUUGUCGCCCAUCCCUAUGGGGCCGCCAUCCCCCUUCCCCACCAGUGAGGACUUCACUCCCAAGGAGGGCUCGCCCUAUGAGGCUCCUGUCUACAUUCCUGAAGACAUUCCAAUCCCACCAGACUUCGAGUUGCGAGAGUCCUCCAUCCCAGGAGCCGGUCUGGGGAUCUGGGCCAAGCGGAAGAUGGAAAUCGGGGAGAGGCUUGGCCCCUAUGUGGUGGCGCCCCGGGCCGCACUGAAGGAGGCCGACUUCGGAUGGGAGCAGAUGCUGACAGAUACAGAGGCGUCAUCCCAGGAGAGCUGCAUCAAAAAGGUCUCUGAAGACUUGGGCAGUGAGAAGUUCUGCGUGGAUGCCAAUCAGGCCGGGGCUGGCAGCUGGCUCAAGUACAUCCGUGUAGCGUGUUCCUGUGAUGACCAAAACCUCACCAUGUGUCAGAUCAACGAACAGAUUUAUUAUAAAGUCAUCAAGGACAUCGAGCCUGGAGAAGAGCUGCUGGUGCAUGUGAAAGAAGGUGCCUACUCCUUGGGUGUCGCGGCACCCAGCCUGGAUGAGGACCCCACCUUCCGCUGCGAGGAGUGCGAGGAGCUCUUCCAGUGCAGGCUGGACCUGAGGCGCCACAAGAAGUACGCCUGCAGCUCCGCGGGGGCCCCGCUCUACGAGGGCCUUGGGGAGGACCUCAAGCCCGAGGGCCUCAGCCGGGGCAGCGAUGGGCAAGCCCAUGAGUGCAAGGACUGCGAGCGGAUGUUCCCCAACAAAUACAGCUUGGAGCAACACAUGAUUGUCCACACGGAGGAGCGUGAGUACAAAUGCGACCAGUGUCCCAAGGCCUUCAACUGGAAGUCCAACCUCAUCCGCCACCAGAUGUCUCACGACAGUGGCAAGCGUUUCGAAUGUGAAAACUGUGUCAAGGUGUUCACGGAUCCCAGCAACCUCCAGCGUCACAUCCGCUCACAGCACGUUGGUGCCCGGGCCCACGCCUGCCCUGACUGCGGCAAGACCUUUGCCACAUCCUCCGGCCUCAAACAGCACAAACAUAUCCACAGCACGGUGAAGCCAUUCAUAUGUGAGGUCUGCCACAAGUCCUACACGCAGUUCUCCAACCUGUGCCGGCACAAGCGGAUGCACGCCGACUGCCGAACUCAGAUCAAGUGCAAGGACUGUGGGCAAAUGUUCAGUACCACCUCCUCCCUCAACAAGCACCGGCGCUUCUGUGAGGGCAAGAACCAUUACACGCCGGGCGGCAUCUUCACCCCAGGCCUGCCCUUGACCCCUAGCCCCAUGAUGGACAAGACAAAACCCUCCCCCACCCUCAACCAUGGGGGGCUAGGCUUCAGUGAGUACUUCCCCUCCAGACCUCAUCCUGGGAGCCUACCCUUCUCAGCGGCCCCUCCAGCCUUCCCCACACUCACUCCGGGAUUCCCAGGCAUCUUUCCUCCAUCCUUGUACCCACGACCGCCUCUGCUACCUCCCACGCCACUGCUCAAGAGCCCCCUGAACCAUGCGCAGGACGCCAAGCUCCCCAGCCCGCUGGGAAACCCAGCCCUGCCCCUUGUCUCUGCGGUCAGCAACAGCAGCCAGGGUGCCACGGGGGCCACGGGGCCAGAGGAGAAAUUCGACGGCCGGUUGGAAGAUGCGUACGUCGAGAAGGUCAAAGCCAGGAGCCCUGACAUGUCGGACGGCAGCGACUUUGAGGACAUCAACACCACGACGGGGACAGACCUGGACACCACCACGGGCACGGGCUCAGACCUGGACAGUGACGUGGACAGUGACCGAGACAAGGGCAAGGACAAGGCCAAGUCAUCUGAAAGCAAACCUGAGUUUGGGGGUGGAUCAGUGCCCCCUGGGGCCAUGAACAGUGUGGCCGAGGUGCCAGCCUUCUACUCCCAGCACUCCUUCUUCCCGCCACCCGAGGAGCAACUGCUGACGGCCUCAGGAGCCGCCGGCGACUCCAUCAAGGCCAUUGCGUCGAUCGCUGAGAAGUACUUCGGGCCUGGGUUCAUGAGCAUGCAGGAGAAGAAACUAGGCUCGCUACCCUACCACUCAGUGUUCCCCUUCCAGUUUCUGCCCAACUUCCCCCACUCUCUCUACCCCUUCACGGACCGAGCCCUUGCCCAUAACUUGCUGGUCAAGGCUGAGCCAAAGUCACCCCGGGAUGCCCUCAAGGUGGGUGGCCCCAGUGCAGAGUGCCCCUUCGACCUCACCACCAAACCAAAAGAGGCCAAGCCUGCCCUGCUCACACCUAAGGUCCCCCUGGUCCCCUCAUCUGGUGAGGAGCAGCCGCUAGACUUGAGCAUCGGCAGCAGGGCCCGGGCGAGCCAGAACGGAGGCAGCCGUGAACCGCGGAAGAACCACGUCUACGGUGAACGGAAGCCAGGGGUUGGCGAGGGGCUGGCUAAGGUCUGCCCAGCACAGCUGCCCCAGCAGCCGUCCCUGCACUAUGCCAAGCCCUCGCCCUUCUUCAUGGAUCCCAUCUACAGCAGGGUAGAAAAGCGGAAGGUGACAGACCCUGUGGGAGUCCUGAAAGAGAAGUACCUGCGGCCGUCCCCACUACUGUUCCACCCCCAGAUGUCAGCCAUAGAAACCAUGACAGAGAAGCUGGAGAGCUUUGCAGCCAUGAAGGCCGACUCAGGCAGCUCCCUGCAGCCCCUGCCUCACCACCCCUUCAACUUCCGGUCCCCACCCCCGACGCUCUCGGAUCCUAUCCUCAGGAAGGGCAAGGAGAGAUACACGUGCAGGUACUGUGGUAAGAUCUUCCCCAGAUCUGCGAAUCUCACAAGACAUCUGAGGACACACACUGGGGAGCAGCCAUACAGGUGCAAGUACUGUGACCGGUCGUUCAGCAUCUCCUCCAACCUCCAGCGGCACGUGAGGAACAUCCACAACAAAGAGAAGCCGUUCAAAUGCCACCUGUGCAACCGCUGCUUUGGGCAGCAGACCAACCUGGACCGGCACCUGAAGAAACACGAGCAUGAAGGUGCACCAGUGAGCCAGCACUCUGGGGUUCUCACCAAUCACCUGGGCACCAGCGCCUCCUCGCCCACCUCCGAGUCAGACAACCAUGCACUUUUAGAUGAGAAGGAGGAUUCCUACUUCUCCGAGAUCCGAAACUUCAUCGCCAACAGUGAGAUGAACCAGGCCUCUACUCGGAUGGACAAACGGCCUGAGAUUCAAGACCUGGACAGCAACCCCCCGUGUCCAGGCUCAGCCAGUGCAAAGCCGGAGGACGUAGAGGAGGAGGAAGAGGAGGAGCUGGAGGAAGAGGAUGAUGACAGCUUAGCCGGAAAGUCACAGGAGGACACAGUGUCCCCUACACCUGAGCCCCAAGGAGUCUAUGAGGACGAGGAGGAUGAGGAACCGCCGAACUCCCUAACGAUGGGCUUCGACCAUACCCGAAGGUGUGUUGAGGAGCGAGGAGGCGGUGUGUUAGCUUUGGAGCCGACGCCGACCUUUGGGAAGGGGCUGGAUCUCCGCAGAGCAGCUGAGGAAGCAUUUGAAGUUAAGGAUGUGCUUAAUUCCACCUUAGAUUCUGAGGCUUUAAAACAAACCCUGUACAGGCAGGCUAAGAACCAGGCGUAUGCAAUGAUGCUGUCCCUCUCUGAGGACACUCCUCUCCACGUCCCCUCCCAGAGCUCACUGGAUGCUUGGUUAAACAUCACGGGAGCCUCUUCAGAGUCUGGAGCCUUUAACCCCAUCAACCACCUCUGA